UAAAAUUUUGGGUUUAAAGGCUGAUCCAGAACUGGAAGCAAUUAGGCAGAGAAGAAUGCAGGAGCUAAUGGCUCAACGUGGUGGUGGCGGCGCUGGAAAUCAGAACAACUCUGAACAGCAUAAAGCCCAGGAAGAAGCUAAGAGGGAUGCAGAUGAGAGGAGACAAAUGAUGCUGACUCAGAUCAUGUCUUCUGAAGCACGUGAAAGGCUUGCUAGAAUUGCUUUGGUAAAACCUGAGAAAGCUAGGGGAGUUGAAGAUGUUGUACUCAGAGCUGCCCAGAUGGGUCAGAUAGCUGAGAAAGUUUCUGAAGAGAAACUUAUAUCAUUGCUGGAACAGAUCAAUACGCAGACGAGUAAACAGACAAAAGUUAUAAUCCAGAGGCGAAGGAGUGUUCUUGAGGAUGAUGACUAGAUUGGAUUCGAUCCUUCAUGACUAUUCAACUGGUUUGUGUUCAUAUAUUUGUAUCCUAUGGUUAUGGAUAACUCUUUAAUGAUUGAUUUUUCUCCACGGAACCAGAUCAGACUUCAAUCUAAACUGCAUUCAUGUGAUCUAAUGAUUGACUCAUCUUUGUGGU